GAAUAAAAUAAAAAUUAUAUAACCUCAAAAUUACAUCGAUAUAACCUCAAAUAAGUCAAAAUGUUUCCUCGACAAUUAACGUUUAAACUUUUAAAGAAUUCGUCCCAAUUUAAUUAUUUCCCCACUACUCAACGUUUGAUGGGUUUAUUCCAUGAAUCGGACGACAAAGGUGGUUAUAAAGAUAAUAGAAAAAAACCUUCAACCACGCAGUUUAUAAGGGAAGGUUUUAAAGAACUUAAAUCGGAAAUUAAAUUGUGGACUGAAGAAGUGAAAGAUCGCUUUGAUUAUGAUCCUCUUAUAGUGUUUAGAUCUGGUGAAACCGACGUUGUUUGGGAUUUUCCUGAUGAAGAGUCUUUAAAGCAAUGGGUCGUUACCAGCGAUAGCGAUAAUAACGAGGGAUAUAGUAAAUGUAGUUUAACUUUAGAUCAAAAUAAAAAUGCUCUUUUUAGUGGUGUUUUGGAUACUAGAGUCCCUAAGGAUGGGCGCAUUAAAAGAGCUGGUUAUUGCAAUAUUAAAACAGUCCGACAUCGAAAAUCAUUUAAAAGAGAAGCAUUUUUGGAUUGGACCGCUUAUAAUAUGUUAGUUAUGAAAGUUAGAGGAGACGGGCGAUCUUACAUUAUAAAUAUACAUACAAGAGGUUAUUAUGAUCUUAUGUGGAAUGAUGUUUAUAGUUAUGUUUUGUAUACGAGGGGAGGACCUUAUUGGCAAGUUACAAGGUUGCCAUUUUCAAAGUUCUUUUUAUCAUCAAAAGGGCGUAUUCAAGAUCGACAAUUUCCUUUAGCAACUGACAAAGUGACUAAUUUCAGUAUUAGUUUAGGUGAUAAAGUCAAUGGUCCAUUCAGUUUAGAGAUACAAUACAUUGGAGUUGAAUUUGAUCCUGAUCAUAGAGAAGAAUUUGCUUAUGAAUUGUAUCAAGCUGAUAAAUAUAUUGUUGGAGUUUAAUCCAGUUUUCUUUAUUAGGGAAUUGUAUAUUUAUUAAUCCAAUAAAAAAGGUUUUAUUAAUGCA